CCAGAUCUACCAAGCGCCCAGUAAAUUGCACUAUAUCAAGCAAAGCAGAUAUAUACCGCUUACAUUAAUAAUAUCAAAGCACGAUUUGGACGUCAUUUGCGGCGAUAAAUUUAUCUGCUUCUUGACAUAAAAAACCGGCGAAACAACCUUAAAGCACAAUUGUAAAACGAGAAAUCUACGAGCCCGCAAGGAAGUUCAAGCUUGAUAUCGCAGAAAAAAAUUCGCACAUUGAUUCUCCACUUCAAGCACACCAUGAUUUUUUGCAACCGUUUUUCAGUUCCUACGGAUCGACAUAUCAAUUCGCGAAAGAUAGUAUUUAUUACGAUGUUAAAGCUUCCCCCGAAACCAGUUUCUUGCAUUUUAUCGAUAUCUUGCUUAUUUUCUCCACGAGGUUGGCGCUCCUUCACUUGCUUUCUGAUUCGUGCUGCCUGGUCGCCGCGGUACAUGCAAAUCGAUGCGAUGAUCCUUUGCACACACAUUCUCCAGAUGAACCAGCGAAGCUUCGCAAAGUCCAGCAACCUCGAUCUGUGGAGCCGAGUCGUAGAUCUUGACAGCAGACCUUUCAAGCAAACGAAGGGCAAAGGUUUGUCAUUUUUUGGAACUCUGCAGACUGAUGGCGUAGGCGUGAAUGUCAUCAAACAAAAUUUUCCAAGUCGCAAAGCAGGCCGGCAAAAAAAGGCGAAGGUUCUAGACGAAGAUGUACCGUACGUUUACUCGCUUGCAAUUGAGCAAAGAUGCCUGGAGGGCCGCUGUGUGUUGGUCGACCCAGGACGAAGAGAUUUGCUUUUCUGCAUGCACGAGUACUCUGAACCAAACGCAAGGAUCCUCUAUCAUUACACCUCCUGCCAGAAGACGAAAAAGUACAGAAGGAUCAGAGAAAAUUACUUAGCCAAUUCCCAAAUGUCAAGAACGCGCAGAAAAAAUUAUCACAGCAUCCCAUUUCAGUCAAUGAUCUCGAGACGUAUUGUCGCAAUCUACGGGAAACAGCAAGCGUAUCUCCGGUACUAUCGAAUUUCUAUGCGAACACGACGUCAAACCUAUCACGAUACCCUCUUUUCCGAAAACUGCGCCUCUCAUCAUAUUUCAAUCCAUGCCAAGCAGACUCUCGAUUGGCGAGAACCAUAAAUUUGUGCUUUGGGUGGGACCAGGCUUUAAUCAUGGGAAAUUGGUCGGCAUCAAAUGUCAAGUUCCAUGAUCCGAUCAGAGGUGUAGGCAUGCGACGGAUGCUCAAAAAACAAGGUUUCGAGGUGUACUUGCUCGAUGAAUUCAAAACGUCCUCGUGCUGUCCUGACUGCAGCGAUCCGUUGGAAAAUUCAAAAAGGCGCCCAAUCCCAGGCCAUACCGACGCACGAAGCAGCCAGAAGCAUUAUGCCAUGGUCUGUUAAGGUAACCGAUGAAUGAAAGUAGAUUUGAUAUUGAAUGUGCUUGCUCGCGCUUA